UGCCUCGUUCAAUCACUUUCGAACUCUACCUGCCUCCCAACCGACGAAGAGUGUAUCUGCACGAACGCUCCGCUGAAUGCUGAGAUCAGAUCAUGUGUGGAGUCAACAUGCACCGUCAAAGAAUCACUGGUAACUCUCAACGUAACUUCUGUAGCAUGUAAUGCUCCCAUCCGAGACCGGAGGACACUCUAUGACGUGAUCUCGAACGUUUUUGGAGUAAUAUCUGGCGUGGCGGUUGUGUUGAGAUUACUCUCCAGAUAUCUUUCUGAUUGCAACUUCUGGUUCGACGAUUAUGCCAUCUUACUUACAAUGGCUAUUGGUAUUCCAAGCUCUGUUAUUUCUGUUCAUGGACUUACUUCGAACGGACUUGGUAAAGACAUCUGGACGUUAAGCUUCAAGAACAUCAGCGAUAUGAUCCAUGUCUUCUUCGCAGCGGAGCUGCUCUAUUUCGCCGAAUUAGCCCUGGUAAAGAUCUCUAUUUUGUUUUUCUACCUACGUUUAUUCCCUGGGACCAAAAUUCGAAGAGUCAUUUAUGCAACUGUCAUUUUCAACAUAUUUUUCGCUAUCGCCUUCAUCAUGACCGCCCUUCUUCAAUGCGAACCGAUCAGUUACUACUGGAAGAAGUGGGAUGGGGAACAUCAGGGAAUAUGCCUCGACAACAAUGCAUUGGCGUGGUCGAAUGCUGCUAUCAAUAUUGCAGCAGAUAUUUGGCUACUUGGUCUUCCUAUGACCCAGCUAGUAACACUCAAACUUCAUUGGAAGAAAAAGAUCAGUGUGGGAAUGAUGUUCGGGGUUGGUGCUUUCGUCACAGUCGUUAGCAUUCUCCGCCUUCACUCACUGGUUCUCUUCUCAAACUCCCAGAAUCCAACAUGGGAUUACGUUGCGGUUGGAUACUGGUCUACAAUUGAGAUCAACGUCAGUAUUAUCUGCUCUUGCAUGCCAAGUAUCCGUUUGCUGCUGGUGCGUUCGUUUCCAAAAAUGAUGAGCACAACGUCAGACAAGUCAAAGUACAUCAACGAUCGCGAU